UUUGUCCGUUCUUGUUCUCUCUACAACCCCCCAAAUAUUUAAUUUAUCCGGCUGUCAUAAAGUGAGGUUAUGUCCACUUACGCAAACACAACAAUGCAAUGGAACCAAAACAUGUGUCGAAUCUGCGGCCAAAUCAACGAAACCUGUCACCUCAUCUUCAGCAAGAACCCCCCGACCGACAUCGAAGACAAAAUCAAAAAAUGCCUGAAACUAGAGCUUUUUAAGGACGACUACAAACCGAAGCAAGUAUGCAACCCCUGUUUGUUGAAGCUCGACGACUUCUACCAGUUCUUGACCAUCUGUCACGCCACUGAUCAGAAAUUCGAGUCGAUUUUGAUGAACCGACAGGAUUGGGGCAACGACACGAUUCUGGACUACACGCAGCAGAAAAUGAGCGUUAUUGUGACCGCAAAACCGACUUUGGAGCAACUGGAUUGUAACGAAAUCGAUUUGUAUAAAGAAUCGGUGCUCCCGCUGGAGAAUUGCUCGAUAAACGAGCACGAGAUGCUGGAAAUUGUAGAAAACGCGAGUUACACGAACUUGCAGGAGAAUUUAGAUUAUUUGAAUGGGGGUUACGGGAUGAAGAAGUACGGGGAUUUUUAUCAAGAGUCGACGGUUUUGCGGCACUCGUCGAACUACCAGUCGCAGGAUUCGUGUUCGUCGAACGUUGCGAUUAACUAUAGUUGCCAGAACGUCAAUCCUGAUUUGUACCAGAACCCUGACUUGAACUACACGAAUGUCGGGCUUGACUACUCUAAUUACAGCGCGCGAGAAAAUAUAGAACCUUUUGCGACUACGUACGUAGAAAAACAGACGGAACGUCGCGUGGAUAAAGUUUUUCCGUGCCCCCAUUGCGACAAGAAGUUCAAACGUAGAGUCACCCUUAAUGCGCAUAUCGCGGUUCAUACGAAAAUUCGCCCCUAUGUUUGUGACGUCUGUAAGAAGACUUAUGCCACUAAGUGUGACUUAACCAAUCACCAAAAAAUUCACACGGACCGCAACAAGUGUAAAUUUUGCUCGAGCUCGUUUCCGGCUCCGAGUAAAUUACAGAGACACCUGCGGACCCACACUAAAGACAAGCCCUUCGUGUGCGAUUUCAAAAAUUGUGGGAAAUCGUUCUCUGAUAAGAGGAAUCUUGAUGGACAUAAGGCUCUUCAUUCCAACGAGUUUAAUUUUAGUUGUAAGGAGUGUGGAAAGGCGUUCCGGACGAAGAAUAGGUUGAAACAACACGGGAAGUCGCAUAUGGUGUCCACGCCCUAUGUUUGUGAGAUUUGUUCAAAGGCUUAUAAGUACAAGUCGACGUUGAUUUUUCACUUGAAGAAACACAACGGGUAUUAUUGCCCCCAUUGCGAGAAGAAUUGUGAGAAGGCGGUUAAGUUGAUAAGACACAAGAGGGUGUGCGGAAGCAGGCCGAAAUGAAGGGGGCUGUCGCGAUUUAAACAAGGUUAUAGAGUUUUUGUUGAUUUUAGAAGUUUGAGGGUCACCCGCUUUCGUACUUUUUUACUUUUUCUAGCCAUUGUAACUACUGUAGGUACAAGUUUUGACCGGAUUUGGGGCCCGAGAUUGUCAACAGCGUCAGGAUUAAACUUCUGGGUUGUAAAUGGGGCGAAUAAAUUGAGGAAUCUUUAUUUCUGUCCAUAAUCCACAGUUAUUACAACAAAUGAUAGUCAAUUUAAUAAAUAACGUCGCUUACGAAUUACAAAUACUAGAUUUCAGUCCCUCGUCU